AAGUGGGGCCGGGCUGGGGUCGUCCGUUGGGCUCUGCGGGCCUGUGGUGACGAGGUCGCGUCAGUUUCAAGUCGGGACCGCUCCGCUGCCGCGCUGACGUGGCUCCCGGAAGUGGGGCUGGCGUAGGGCCGCCAUGUUGCAGCAGGACAGUAAUGAUGACACUGAAGAUGUUUCGCUGUUUGAUGCGGAAGAGGAGACAACUAAUAGACCAAAAAAAUCCAAAAUCAGACAUCCAGUGGCAUCAUUUUUCCAUUUAUUCUUUCGAGUCAGUGCAAUUAUAGUGUAUCUUCUCUGUGAAUUGCUCAGCAGCAGCUUUAUUGCCUGCAUGGUGACAAUUAUCUUGUUGUUGUCAUGUGACUUUUGGGCAGUUAAGAAUGUCACAGGUAGACUAAUGGUUGGCCUACGUUGGUGGAAUCAUAUUGAUGAAGACGGAAAGAGCCACUGGGUGUUUGAGUCCAGGAAGGCAUCCUCUCAAGAGAAUAAAAGUGUUUCAGAGGCUGAGUCUAGAAUCUUUUGGCUAGGACUUGUUGCCUGUCCAGUGCUGUGGGUGAUAUUUGCCUUCAGUGCUCUCUUCUCCUUCAGAGUGAAGUGGUUGGCAGUGGUUAUCAUGGGUGUGGUGCUACAAGGUGCCAACCUAUAUGGUUACAUCAGAUGUAAAGUGGGCAGCAGAAAGAAUUUAACCAGCUUGGCUACCUCGUAUCUUGGAAAGCAGUUUUUAAGACAAAACACUGGAGAAGAUCAGAGUUCCUGAAUAGAGAGGAAGCUUAUAUGUUCUGUUACAUUGGGGAAUAACCGAAGAGAUUCUUGGCCCUGAACAUUUUAGAGCUCAGUCCAUGUUGCAAAGAGGAGUCUUGGGUUUGUUUUUCCACUAAAGAAUUUUGUUUAAAAAAAGAAAAAGUAGUUUUCAUAUUAAGUUUUUAUUUUCUUUCUGGCAAUUGGGGCUAGAAAGUAUGGUGUCACUAGAAACAUUGUCAAAAUUUAUUUUAUGGUGGGCAUAUAUAUGCACAUAGUCAUGUAAUAUCAGUAUAUCCGAAAUUAAUGAAACUUUUGUGUUCAUUUACAUAUGUAACGGAGAUCUUUGCAUUUUGUCCGUAGAACAUAGGAGGAUGUUCUUAGUCUGUCUCAAAACUCUAUGUGUUUACAUAUUAUUUCUGUAGAUUAAUUUUCAAAAGUAAGUUUUGCAUCCAUGGUGAGAAUGAGCACUUUGGCUAAUGUAUAAGUUAGAAAUAAUUGUUAGUUUUAAUACGUGGUGUAAUUUUUUUUCUUAGACAUAGACAAGCAAGUAAAAACCAAAUAUGAGCCAGUGGUGUUAACUAGUUUCUAAAUUACUGUUUUUUUUUUUUUUAUUUGUAACAAGUCAUUUACUUAAGUCCCAAUUACUAUAAAAGGAAUCAUCAUAGUUUCUGUUUAAGGGAUACCCAGAGAUUGCUGUGGUUCUGUUUGUUUUAUGGAAAGGAUAGCCAGAUUUUACUUUGGAACUUUCUGGAAGCUUCUCAGUGGUCCUUGGGCUAAUAAAAUCUAUCUUUUACCACUAAAAGAGUAUUAUUCUUAUGUCAUAAUAAGAAUAAUCAUUUAAAUAGUUGGCAUAAUAAAUGCCUGAAAGACAUUUUAUUUAAUGAAUCUAUUUUUUUCUUUUUGCUAUAAGGGGGGUAUUGUAAAUCAUGAAUUUGUAUUAAUGAUCUUUCUUCAAACAAAGCAAUAUAUGUAACUAAACUAAACCAGUCUGUAGACAAUUGAAAGCAUCUGUAAAUUCUGUUGUAGUUACUGUAAACUUUGUUGGAAUCUUUUAAUCAGCAGAUUAUCUUAUGAGUAUAUUUAUACAUUGUUAAAAUUUUUAUAGAUGUUUUGUUUCAUUGAAUAAGUAUCUUUACUGGAGUGAUAGCUGUGAAGGUGCAUAACUUUAUAUUUGUAUAAAAAUCUACUGUUUACAAAGCA